UUGCAGCUCGUAGCACUCCACCCUUGGUCUCGAGUCUAGUCCUAGCCAGCUCCUUCGCCGGCGGGGCGAGGCGAGGCGACGCCCAGCUCAUCUCAUCUUCCCCAUCUAUAUAAGCGCGCGCGCGCCCGCCUCUCUCCUCACUUAAGGCACGCCGAGUGUUAGCUACAGGGAGGGAGAGUGUGUGUGUGAGGGCAGCGGCAAGUGCAAGCAUCAAUUAAGGACAGGCAGAGGAAGAAGAGCUAGUUAAGAGUCCAAGAGAGGGAGACAGGCAGCUCCUAUAGUAGAUGGCAAUGAGGUCGAGGGGGCUGCAGCUGCGGUCGCGGCGGGAGAGCUUGCUCGUCGUCGUCGUCGUCGUCGUCGGCGUGCUGCUGCUGCUGGCGACGGCGGCGCCGCGCGUCGCGGCGGCGGGGCUGAGCCGGAACUACUACGCCAAGACGUGCCCCAACGUGGAGGCGCUGGUCCGCGGCGCCGUGACCCAGAAGCUUCAGGAGACCUUCAACGCCGCGCCCGGCACCCUCCGCCUCUUCUUCCACGACUGCUUCGUCAGGGGGUGCGACGCCUCGGUGCUCAUCUCCGGGCCUGGCGACGAGCACAGCGCGGGCGCGGACACGACGCUGUCGCCGGACGCGCUGGACCUCAUCACGCGCGCCAAGGCCGCCGUGGACGCCGACGCCGGCUGCUCCAACAAGGUCUCCUGCGCCGACAUCCUCGCGCUCGCCACCCGCGACGUCGUCCAGCAGGCGGGAGGGCCGUCGUACCCGGUGGAGCUGGGGCGGCUGGACGGCAAGGUGGGCACGCGCGCCGUCGUGAAGCACAGCCUCCCCGGCGCCGGCUUCUCCCUGGACCAGCUCAACAAGCUCUUCGCCGCCAACGGCCUCACCCAGACCGACAUGAUCGCCCUCUCAGGGGGGCACACGAUCGGGGUGACGCACUGCGACAAGUUCGUGCGGCGGCUGUACACCUUCAAGGGGGCGCGGCCGCAGUACAGCCCGCCGAUGAACCUGGCGUUCCUGCGGCAGAUGCGGGGGACGUGCCCGCUCAACUACAGCCCGGCCACGGUGGCCAUGCUGGACGCCGUCACGCCCAACAGGUUCGACAACGGCUACUACCAGACGCUGCAGCAGCAGAAGGGCCUGCUGUCGUCGGACCAGGUGCUCUUCGCCGACCGCCGCUCCCGGGCCACCGUCAACCACUUCGCGUCCAACCAGACCGCCUUCUUCGACGCCUUCGUCGCCGCUAUGGCCAAGCUCGGCCGCAUCGGGGUCAAGACCGCUGGCUCCGACGCCGAGAUCCGCCGGGUCUGCACCAAGGUCAACUAACGUGGUUGCUUAGCUCUAAGCUGCCGUGGUAGUAGCACCACACGUACAUUCAGUAGAGAGGGUAAAAUGGAUGGAUGGAUGGGCCGAUCGAUUCUGUCAUGUGUCUCUCCUCUUCUCUUCUUCCUGCCCAUGCGCGCCCCAUAUGCUCGCACAUGCCAUAUUGUCAUAGCCGAUUUGUUCCAGCCCGAUUCUUUUCUUCACCAUGUAAUAAAGCAUAUAAAUGCCGUGGGAUAGGAGGCACGCACAGUUACAUCCAUGUAAAUGUUACACUUGGUCCGGUUAAUCAACAAGUAUACUAUCCCAUAUGAAUGAAUGGAGUUAUUUUU